AUGAGAAACCUUUUCCAUAUUACCAUUUACUUAGUUACACUUAAUUUAUUUAUAUUGGGAAUAAGUGGAAAGACUAACACAAGUGACAAUAGAAAUAAACGAAUUUCUGGUCCUAAAUUAAGGGGUAAUGUUGUAAGUAAUAUAAACCUGCGAUCAGAUAAGAAAGGUAAAAUUAUAAGAGGGUCGAAUGAUCAAGUUAAUAAAAACUUUGAAGAUGUUUUAGAACAAAGCGAAAAAUCACUUGUUUCAGAAAAUGGUCAUAGUGGAUUACAUAUAAAUGAUAGCCCUAAAGAAACUAUUUUUAUUAAAGAAGAUAAAGAAGGUCAAAUUCAUUCUGAGUUAAAUCCUGAAUCAUCAGAAGAUAAUAAAGAUUUAAAUGAUAAUGAUUCAAAAGAUAAAUCCAGUGAUAUAAUUUCAGUAGAUAAUAAAUCAAAUAAAAGAGAAAGUGAUUUUCAAUCAUUAUCAGAUUUAGAAUUACUUGACAAUUCUUCACAAGAUAAUUUAGAAAACGAGACAAUUUCAACAGAACCUUUUCCUAAUCAAAAACAUAAAGGCCUACAACAAGAAGAAAAUGAGGAACCUUUAGAACCCCUUCCUACACAAAUAUAUAAAGAUUAUAGUGAAGAAAAUUCAGAACCUUUUCCUAAACAAGAGCAUAAAAAUGUAGACAAACAUAAUGAAAAAAACACAUUUCAUGAAAGUGUUUCUGUAAAUAUUAAUCAAGAAAAUUUGAAACCAAAGUCAUUAGAUGAAACUUUAAAUAUAAAUUCAAAAAAAUUAGAAGAUCAAUUGGAUUUACAUGAACAUGAUAACUCAGAACGUUUAAAAGAUGAAGAAAUAGGAAAUGAGCCACCUGUUCAUGAAAAUUUAUCAGUACCAAAUGAUUCAAUAGAUCAAAUAUUAAAUCAAUCUGAACAAGUAUCAAAUGAUCAAGAACAAUUGCAUAAUGAAAAGCAAAAGGUUGAAGAAAAAUCAAAUUAUCAAAUAUCCUCAGUAGAUUUAAAAGAACCAACAAAUGAGGAUAUAUUACCACAUCAGAAUGUAUUAGAAAAUAUAAAACAAAAUGAAUCAGAAAUAAAUAAUGUGCACGAUCAUGUACUACAAAAAGAGAAUACAAUAGACAAACUUGAUAAUCAAAAGGAACACAUCGAUGAAUUACAACAUAAUGUAAAUGUAUUACAAGAAAAUAACAUAAAUGAUCACCAAUUAGAAACUAAAGAGAAACCUAAUAUUGAAUCCAUUGAACCUAAGAAUAUAGAUUUAGAAAUUGUUCUUCCUGAAAAUGUUGAAAAGGAAGAAAAAAUAGUUGAUGUAUCUUCUCCUAAACAUUUAAAUCACGAAUCGUUUGAAGUAGAAACAAGUAAAUCUGAACAUAAAGAAGUUGUAUCUGAAAAACGUGUCGAAGAAACUGUGGAAAAUGAAGAAUCUGUAUCUGAAGAAAGCAACCCUGAACCAGCUGAAAAGGAAGAAAAUAAUCAUGAAGAAGUUCAUCAGGAAGAAAUUUUACAUGAACAAAAUAAUCAAGAAUCAGGUGAAAGUAAAUUAAUUGAUAAUGGAGAAGGUGCUUUUGAAGGAGCUCGUCAUGAAUUUUCAUCUGAAAAAAAUGACUCUGAAUUAAAUGAAAAUGAAUUUGUUGAAUCAGAAAAAAGCGAACCUGAACCAGCUGAAAAUGAAGAAAAAAAUCAUGAAGAAGUUCAUCAGGAAGAAAUUUUACCUGAACAAAAUAAUGAAGAAUCAGGUGAAAGUAAAUUAGUUGAUUAUGAAGAAGAUGUUUUUGAAGAAGCUCAUCAUGAAUUUUCAUCUGAAAAAGGUAACGCUGAACUAAAUGAAAAUGAAUUUGUUGAAUCUGACAAAAGUGUAUCUGAACCUGCUGAACAUGAAGAAGUUGUAUCUGAAGAAAGCAAACCUGAAGAAUCUGAAAAUGAAGAAGCUCAUCAGGAAGAAAUUGUACCUGAACAAAAUAAUCAAGAAUCAGAUGAAAGUAAAUUAGUUGAUAAUGAAGAAGGUGGCUUUGAAAAAGUUCAUCAUGAAGAAUUUUCAUCUGAAAAAAAUGACUCUGAAUUAAAUGAAAACGAUUUUUUU